AUGGCUUAUUUUGGAAAUAAUCCAUAGCGUGGAGAAUUGUAAGAGCUUUAUGCAGAUUUAAAUGAUUUGAAUUUUGAGAAGAAGAAAGAAGUAAGGAUUACUGUAAAUAGUAUAGGCUGUAAAGAAAGUGAUUGCUUAUAUGACAGUAGGUAAAGACGUAUCAGAUUUAUUUCAAUCUGUUAUAAAAUGUUUAGAAUUUAAUGAUAUAGAGAUGAAAAAGCUUGUAAUUAUCUAUGAUUAUUAGGUAGAUAUAUUUAUACAUUGUUAAUUAUUCCAGAUAAAAGCCUGACGAUGCCAUUAUGGUGAUAUAAAAUUUUAGAAAAGAUGUGAGAAAAUCAGAAAAUCCUUUAGUAAGAGCACUUGCUAUAAGAACUUUUGGAUGUUUGAGAGUACCAAAACUUAAUGAAUAUUUAAUUGAGCCUUUAAAAGAUUGCAUAUAAGAUGAUGAUCCAUAUGUUCGUAAAACUGCUGUUUUAUGUGUUCCAAAAGUAUUAAAAAAAUGAUCACAUUAGGUAUAUGAAGUGUCACCUGAAAUAUGUCCUGCACUAUUAGAAUUAUUGCAGAAAUUAUUAGAGAAGGAAUCUAAUGCUUUGGUAUUGGCUAAUUUGAUUUAAUCAAUGAGAGAAAUUGAGGUAGUUAGUGGUAAAUAGCUUAUCAAUUUAAAUCAGAAGAUCAUCUAAAAGUUAUUGUUAGCUGUUGAUGAAUGUAUAGAAUGGGGAUAAAUAUUUAUUUUGGAUUAUUUAGCUACUUACAAUCCUUAGGAUUCAAAAUAAGCUGAAAUUAUUAUAGAAAGAACACUUCCAAGACUUAGUCAUAUUAAUCCAACAGUAACAUUCUGUGCUGUCAAAGUAAUACUUAAAUAUUUGGAUUUUUUGGAUAAUGGAGAAUUAGUUAAAAAUCUAUGUAAGAAAGUGGCACCAUCUUUAAUUUCUUUAUUAUCUUGGAAUUAACCUGAAGUUUAAUAUACUAUCUUAAGAAAUAUAUCUUUGAUUUUACAAAAAUUCCCAAUUCUAUUUGAAAAUGAUGUUAAAGUCUUUUUCUGUUCCAUUAAUGAACCCUAUUAUAUCAAAUAUGAAAAAUUAGAUAUUAUGGUUAGAAUUUGUGAUUCUAAAAACUUUGGACAGGUUCUUAAUGAACUUCUCAUUUAUUUAAAUGAAGCUGAUCCUCAUUUUGUUAGAAAGACUAUUAAAUCAAUUGGAAAAAUUGCAAUCACUUAUGACAAAGCUUUAGAUAAGUAAAUUUAUUCUAUAAAAUUUUAGAGCUGUUUCUAUUUUGGUUGAAUUGGCUAAAAAUAUCUAAUAACCUACAGAACCUGUUUAAGAAUUACUUAUAUAAAUGUAACUUAUUUAUAAAAAGAAUAAAUAAAUGUAUAAGCAUGAUGAGAGUUUAAAAAUCAUUUAUUCUAUUGUUGAUUAUGCAAAUGAACCAGAAUCAAAAGUAAUUUAUAAUUAUUUAUAAAUAGAGUGCAUGUGCCUGGAUUUUAGGAGAAUUUGGAGAAUUCAUUCCUAAAUCAGUUGAAAAAAUGAAAGAAUAUGUAGAUAAUUUUUAAAUGGAAGAUAGAUUAGUUUAACUUUAAUUACUCACUUCAGCAGUUUAGUUAUAUCUUAAAUAUCCAUCAUAAUGUGCAACUCUAAUUUAAUAAUUGAUCACUUCUGCUAAAGAUUCAUUUAAUCCAGAUGUGAGAGAUAGAACUUAUAUUUAUUGGAGAUUAUUAUCAACAGAUCCUGAAGUUGUUAAGAACUUAGUUUGCUUUAAUAGUGGAACCUUCUCAAAUUUUUCAAAGGAUCUACGCUUAUGGGAAACCUAAGAUUUAGUUGUAGCUUUGGAAAAUAUGGGAAGUAUCAGCAAUCUAUUUCAUAAAUUACCCCAUUAAUUAUACAAGAACAUUAAAAUUAAAAUCAAGUAUUUAAUCAUAUUCAUUCUAUAGCAAUUAAUAGAAUGUUAAAAUUUAUAAAGGAGAAGAAAAACCAGAUACAUAAGCAUAAGACUAACAAGAUGAAAAUAAUCAAAAUAAUAAAAAAGAAUUAUAAUAAUAAUCAUAAUAAUAAUAAUUAUAAGAUGUUGAUCUUUUAAAUUUUGAUGAACCUUCUAAUAAUAAUAAUAAUAAUAAUAAUAAUAAUAAUAAUAAUAAUAAUAAUAAUAAUAAUAAUAAUAAUAAUAAUAAUAAUAAUAAGACAGAUCUAUUUGAGCUUAUUUGA